AUGUAUGGACGAAUUCUCACUCGCCCCUUUUCGAGCUCGAAGGGGCCGGUUGUGUUUGGCUUUGAACUGCUGCCUCUGCUCCUCUCCGCGCUGAAUUCCCUUCCCCCUCGAGGAAAUUUGGGGUUUUCAGCCGGCGCUGCUGCUGCUGCUUUUCGGGGGGCGGCAGAGCCCCCGGUGGAGCCCGACCCCUCGGCUAUCGUGGUCUCCCACGAGGGGCUGCGCGUCCCCCUCGGCCGCUCCGUCUCGCUGGGCCCGGAGGCGGAUCUGGUGCUGCGGGUGCGGCCGGCGGACCGGUGCGUUGUGGCGGAGCUGGGGAGCGGGCGGCGCCCUGGAUCCUUCCCCUGCGCCUUCGCCCGCGGGCAGGUCACCUACACCCACUUCGGAGCCCGCAGCCCCGGCCGGUACCGCCUGCGCCUUCAGCUCCGCUACGACUUUCCCCGCCGGACCCUCGUCGUGCCCUUCACGCUGGAGGUGGAGUUGCCGUUCCAGCAGCCGCGCUUGCUCAGCCGCAACCUCCCCCUGCCCGUGGAGAAGCUGCGGGGGCUCAGCGCGCCUUUAGACGGCGAGGUGCUGGGCUUCCUCGAGGGCGAGCCCGGCCGGCGCUGCCGCCUCACCUUGCUGCCCCCCGAGGCCGCUGGCGCCGGCCCCCUGCCCGCCCACGGCGGCUGCUCCGCCGUGCUGCGAGCCGGGAUCCGCUACCAGCACACGGCGGUCACCGCCUCCCCCGGCCGGGACCGCGUCCCGGCGCGGGUGUCGGUGCUGCCUGCCGCCGGCCCGGGGCAGCGGGAGUAUUUCCAGGUGCUGGUGCGGACCCACGGAGGGGCUGACAACACACCGCCCAAGCCCAGCUUCCUGGCGCUGCUUAUGAUGGAGGUGGACCAGUUCGCGCUCACAGCCCUCACCCUGGAUAUGCUGGCUGCUCAGGACCUAGAGACUCCCCCGGACCUCCUGGUCUUCAACCUCAUCUCGGUCUGGCCUGAUGACCCAGGGCAGCAAGGCUUCCUGCUCAGCACUGAUGACCCCAGCCGCCCCCUCCUUGCCUUCUCCUCGCAGCAGGAGGUGAGGGAGCUGAAGAUUGCCUACCAGCCCCCUACCCUGGACUCCAACCGGGAGCGGCUUUUCCAGGUGGAAAUGGAGGUGCUGGACCCUGACGGCGCCUCCUUAGAGCAUUUUGCUUUCAUGAUCCUGGUAAAGCCCAUGAACACAUUGGCCCCUGUGGCCACUUUCGAUUGUGUGGCUGGCCUGCAGCUGAUGUUCUUUGAGGGCCAGUCACGGCCUCUGUCUGGCAACUUGGAGAUCAGCGAUGAGGACAAUCUGAAAGAGGUGAAGGUCUGGGUCAUGCGGGGCCUGCGAUAUGGGAAGCUCGAGGUACUGGGUGUGCCACCCAGCCGCAAGUACUUCACUGCUGCAGAGCUAGCUGCAGGGCAGGUGAUUUACCAGCACGAUGGCAGUGACAACAGCUACAGCGACAACAUUGUUUUCUGCAUGGCAGACAGGCAGCACCAGGUUGAAUUUCUGUACCCGAACACCAUUGCUCCCAAUGAUGAUCAGCCACCGCUGCUGAAUGCAAAUACCAGGCUGGUGUUGAGUGAGCACCAGACUGUCCAAAUCUCACCUUUUGUCCUCAGUGCCACUGACGUUGACUCUGACGAUAGCUCUAUCCGAUUUGUCCUGGCUGGGGACUCUGCAGUGCCCCUACCUCACUCCCACCGCUUUGGUGAGCUGCUGUUGCGUCAGGGAGAGCAACCAGCAUCUUAUGAGAGCAAAGAGAGCGGUGCAAGGUUGGAGAGUGACUCCUCUUCCUCCCCUUGGCGCUUUGUGGAGGAUGAAGAUGUGUAUGAGAGGGUGGUGAGCGAGUGGCUGCAGCAGGACAUCCUCGAUGGGAGGCUGUUCUUCAGGCGCAGGGGAGCUCACAACGUCAGCCUAGUGAUGGGCCACAUCGUGUUCCAGCUGCAGGAUGACAACGACCCCCCUAACCAGUCAGGGGAACAUGUGCUCACUGUCAAAAUCCAACCAGUAGACAACCUGCCACCUGCACUGUACCCAGGUACUAGCCUGCAGAUAACAGUGCAGGAAUACCAGCUGACUGUCUUUAAGAAGCACAAUUUACGGUACACUGACCUGGAUAUGAAUGACAGGGAGCUGAAGUACACUUUACUGACACCCCCAAGUGACACAGAUGAGAACCACUCUGUGGUCACUGGAGAGAUUGUGUUGGCCGACAGUCCGGAGACGUCCAUUACACAUUUCACCCAAGCCCAGGUCAACCACCACAAGGUGGCAUAUCGACCCCCGGAGCAGGAGCUGGGGAUCACACCGUGGGUGGUCCAGUUCACCUUCCUUGUAGAGGACUUGGCUGGCAAUUCACUGCAAGGUACCUUUACUCUCUUCCUGCAGCCGGUGGACAACCAGCCACUUCAAAUCACCAAUACAGGCUUUACUGUGCUUGAGGGAAACAGUUUCCUUCUCACCAGCGAUCAACUGGAUGCUACAGAUGAGGAUACGUCUGCAGACCAGAUUGUCUUCACUGUAACUCAAUCUCCAGAGCAUGGCCAUCUACAUUAUCUGGAGGAGGGUCUGCUGGUGCAAGGGGAAUCUUUCUUGCUAGAUGAUAUUGCUGGUGGGCGCAUCUCCUACAAGCACAGCGGUGAUGAGUUUGCCAGUGAUUCUUAUCAGUUGGAAGUGAGUGAUGGAGUCCAUCAUGUGCCAAUCACAGUCAAGAUUUCGGUGCAGCCCGUGGAUGAUGAAAACCCAACUAUUGCUCUCCCUGGUGGACACAAACGAGUGGGAGCAACCAUUGAUGUCCUGGAAAAUGAUGCUACUGAAAUUACUACUUCACUUAUCCAGGGUAUGGAUGUGGAUACGGAUGACUUGAUGCUGACCUUCAUUGUGCAGGACCCACCCAAGCUGGGUGACAUCCUUGUGGGUGGAGUACGAUCAGAAAAGUUUACCCAGCAUGACCUCAUCAGCGGAGCAGUAGCCUAUGCUCACACCAGUGGAGAGAUUGGCUUGAAAAAGAGGUACGAUUCCUUCAAUCUCACCAUUUAUGACCUCUCCCGUGAACAGGUGGUGGGAGGCAGCACGGUACAAAGAGUGCAUGUGGCUGUAACUAUAUUGCCUGUGGACAGCAUUGAACCCAAAGUGAUGGUUGCGGCAGAGCCACUCAGUGUCCUUGAGGGAGGGAAGAGUACUCUAACUCUGGAUCAGCUGGAUGUGAAGGAUGUAGAUACUCCCAGAGAUGACGUUUUGUGCAUUGUCACAGUUCAGUCCACUUCAGGAUAUUUGGACAAUGUCUCUCCAGCCCCAGGGUCCGAGAAGCCUAGAGCCGGUACUGCCAUUAGUGCUUUUUCCAUGAAAGAUGUUCGUCUGGGCCAUGUCAACUAUGUGCAGAGCAUUCACAAAGGGGUAGAGCCCAUGGAGGACAGAUUCACUUUCCAGUGCGCUGGCGGUGUGAACUUCUCACCUCACCAGUUCUUCUCCAUUGUCAUCAUCCCCACCAGACAGGUUCUAGCUGUUAAGACUGAUAUUGAUGAAAUGAGGAUCAGCUAUGUCCUGAAGGAAGGUGAUAAUGCUACCAGUGACAUCUUCUAUUUCUCCAUUGAAGACAGUGGGGGGAACAUGUUAAAGAGCCAGCCAUUUCGACUGAACUGGGCUUGGCGUUCACUGGAGAACUACGUCCUAGAUGAGAACUCCAAAUUUCUGGAGGUGACCAUCAGACACAGAGGAUAUCUGCAAGAAACCUCAUUCAUCAGUAUUGAAACCAAAGAUGGUACAGCAGUGAAGGAUAAAGACUUCAAGGGGAAACCUCAGAAACAGGUCCAGUUCAGUCCAGGACAGGCUUUGGCUUCCUGGCAAGUGAGGAUAAUUGAAGACAAUGAAUAUGAGGCAUCUGAAACAUUCCAGAUUGUUCUGUCUGAUCCAGUUAUGGCUGCCCUUGAGAUUCCAGCCAUAGCAACAGUUGAAAUUGUGGAUCCUGGUGAUGUAUCUACAGUGUAUAUUCUUCGGCUGGAAUAUAGAAUAGAGGAAGAUAUAGGUGAACUGCUGAUUCCUGUUAGAAGAGCUGGAGUAGAACCUGCUUUGUACUUUGGUAACACUGAGUAUCAAGUAGAUGAAAGCUCUGGUUAUGUGGAGAUUCGUGUCUGGAGGACUGGAACAGAUUUGUCCAAAGCAGCUUCUGUUACGGUGCGUUCCAGAAAAUCAGAACCAGUGUCAGCAGAGGCUGGAGUUGAUUACGUGGGCAUCAACCAUAACCUGGAUUUUACACCGGGAGUCAACAUGCAAAUGUUUCUUCUUAUCAUCCUUGAUGAUUUGGGCCAGCCUAUUCUGGAAGGUCUGGAGAAGUUUGAACUAGUUCUCUGCAUGCCCAUGAAUGCGAUGCUUGGAGAGCCCAACAUAACUACUGUCUUUAUCAACGACACCAUCGCUGACUUACCCAAAGUCCAGUUCAAAGAACCCAUGUACAUGGCAAAUGAAAAAGAUGAACAGCUGGUAGCACUCAUUUAUCGAAGCCAUAAUAUAAUUGAUAAUGAUGUGAAGUGGACACCUUACAAGACGUACAUUCAGGAGCCUCAGGAACCUGGAGAAAUUGCACUAGUUAGAAUCCAUGUUCUACGCCUCGGUGAUAGCUCCAAAGUAUCUGUUGUCAGAGUGCACACAAAAGAUGGUUCAGCCACCUCAGGGGAAGACUACAAUCCAAUGUCAGAAGGUCUUUGCCAACCUCGCAUCCCAGGAACAGUAGGAGCAGAACCUUUCUCGGCUAAAAUUCGAUACGUGGGUCCAGAUGGUCCUGACCACCCAAAUCUGAUCUGACUAACAGUCACAAUGCCCCAUAUGGAUGGAAUGCUGCCAGUUAUCUCCACGUGCCCCUUAUCCAACUUUGAGCUAACGCUUAGCCCGGACGGCGCUCGUGUGGCACACCACAAGUGCUCCAGCCUACUGGACUAUAAUGAGAUCCAGACCAAACAUGGGUUUAUUACAGAGGAAACGCAGAACCCCAAAGUGAUUGGAGAAACGUCACCUUACCAGUACAGCAGUGCUCUGAGGUCUGCCAAAACCUUACGUUUCUACCAGAACCUCAACCUCGAGGCUUGCCUGUGGGAGUUCAGCAGUUACUACGACACAUCUGAGCUGCUGGCUGACUGCAGGGGCUCCAUUGGCACGGACGGGCAGGUCUUGAAUCUGGUGCAAUCGUAUGUAACUCUACAGGUGCCUCUCUAUGUCUCCUACGUCUUCCACUCCCCUGCUGCCGUUGGUGGCUGGCAACAUUUUGACUUGCAGUCUGAACUGAGACUCACCUUUGUGUACGACACGGCUAUCCUGUGGAAAGAUGGGAUAGGCAGCCCUCCUGAGUCAGAGCUCCAAGUCUCCCUCUAUCCCACGAGUAUGCAGAUCAGUGACGAAGGGCGACUGGUGGUGAACUUCCGAGCAGAGAUUCGUUUCCAGGGCCAGCUGGUGAUGUCCCACCCAGGAACAUCCCUGACAUCAAUGGUGAUGUCUGCUGACCACCCUGGCCUCACGUUUACACUUAGUCUGCUACAAAGUGAGCCGACCUUCCACCAGCCCGUGCAGCAGUGGAGCUUUAUCUCUGACUUUGCUGUACGAGAUUACUCGGGUGCUUACACUGUGAAAUUCAUCCCUUGCACUGCUGCGCGCGGUCAGCAAUAGCCCGUCUGCAACCCACGGGACCCCACUGCGUUUGAUAUGGACAUCAGGUUCCAAUAGGUCGGUGACCCAGUGGCAGCAGAGUUCCGUCUAAAUACUCAGAUGUUUCUGCUGUCCAAAAAGGAGCUUUGGAUAUCUGAUGGAUCAAUGGGAUUUGGAGAAGGAGCUGAUGUAGCCUUUACUAAAGGAUCUGAAAUCUACGGCCGAGUGAUGGUGGAUCCAGUUCAGAAUCUCGGUGACUCCUUCAGCUGCAACAUCGAGAAGGUGUUCCUUUGCACUGGUGCCGAUGGGUACGUGCCCACGUACAGCCCAGACCAGCAGGAAUACGGAUGCCUGGCUGGCUCACCCUCCCUCUUGUACAGAUUCAAGAUCCUGGAUAAAGCUCAACCCGAGACACAAGCAAGAGCCUUUGGGAACCUGGAGUUUCGUGCUGCAUUAGCAGCUGAUCAUGCAGAUGCUUUUCCUCUGGUAAAACAGCCUGGUUCUGAUGGUUUCAGCCUGUCCUCUGCUCCGCUCUUCCAGGUGACAGCUGGCCGAGAAUGGUACAUUCACACUAUUUACACGGUCCGAUCGAAGGAAAAUGCGCACAGGCACAAGGGGAAGAGAAGUCUUGCCUUCCACCACGCAUUGUCCUCUGCUGAAGGAAUAGUUAGCACCACAGCCUUUAAACACAGCAGAAGAGCCAACCCAGGUGCCCCGGUCUUCAUGGAAGGUAUUGGAGCAGAUAAAAACAGGGGCACGAAUAUUCAGCAUAUUGCACUUGACCGUUCUGACAAAGCUGUCUUCAUCCAGAAAGAUGUGGUCCCCGCUGGCGUGCCGCGUCACAGGCCAGUUCUGGAAGUCGGGAGCAGGGACCCUGGCACGGGUAUUGUACCCGUUACUGGGGGCUUGGCAGGACUGCUGCUUCUGAUCUGCACCGUGGUCCUAACUCUUCUUCUGUUGAAGCAGAGGAAACAGCCGUCUGCUGGGAGAAGCAAAGGGCCUGUCGGCCACUCCAGCAGCAGUGGCACUGUGACCACACGGCACGGCAGCAGGGACAGCUCAGAAGUCCAGCCUGCUUCUUGGGCACUUGUCUUUUAACGUGUAAUUUCACCAAAAAGCAGACUCUCAAAUCUAGCUCUUGGCCGACUCCUUUGCACGGACAAUUGGCUGCUCUGGUUCCAAUGCUGGUUCAAUUGUUAAGUAACGGGCAGCAGUUUCUGACAGGGUUGGUGUACUAGGUUCCUGUGUGGGUGACUCAGAGAAUUCAAACUAGUACUCCAUGACGUGGAGUUGAUGCUUUUUUUUCUUUUAAAUCUAGUUUUUCUUUAAUGUUUUGAAUAUAUGCAGCUGUAAACGUGCCUUAUAUCCACCAUGAAAGGUCAGUGCCUAGGAGGAUGCUGGUUUUGAUUACACGUACAGUGUCUAGUCUAGCUUUCAGAUAACUGUUUUUGUUUUUUGUUGUUGGUUUUUUAAAUAAUUAUUGCUGAGGAAGUAGCGUUAGAACGGAAGCUAAGUAGUAGAUGAGUGUUCUUUGAGUGAUGAGGACCUCAGACAUAUUGGACAGUGGUGGGAGACUCACACAGGUAAGGCUGUGUUCGUAAUUAUCUGGGAGAGCAUUGUAUGUGAUCAGUGAGCAUUUUGUGAGACCCCUCACCUGCAGUACUGAGUCCCAACGUAAGAAGCCUACAACAUAUGGACAUGGCCCUGGUGGAGCAGGUCCAGAGGAGGAUC